UCCCAUAGUUAGUCAAAAUCUUUGUAAUGAGCAAAAUAAAUCGGAAUAUUCAAACGAACUUUUCAGAUGAUGAUAAUGAUGCUAAUGAACCACCGCCAAAGAAGGAACCACCCAACAUCACUCUACUGUCAAACUCGCAGCCCGACAGGCAGCCGGACAAGCCACCUCCAGGUCCAUCCGAUAAUGAAGCCAUCCCUGAACCGAGGGUCAGGCCUUCCCGAUACAUAACAACCACCGAGGAUGACAAGGAUUCGGGCUUCGAAAAGAUCGCCGUCUACCUGUCCGUGUUCUUUGUGAUCAUUACAUUUCCCUUGUCGAUCUUCUUGUGCCUGAUUGUGGUAAAGGAGUACCAUCGGGUGCUGGUCUUUCGCCUGGGCAGGGUCAGGAAGGGCAUCAGGGGACCAGGCCUCGUAUGGACUCUGCCGUGCAUCGACGACUUCAUCAAGGUAGAUCUACGCACCUUCUCGACCGAGGUGCCCUCUCAGGACAUCCUCACCAGAGACUCAGUGACGAUUUCCGUGGACGCAGUGCUCUACUACUGCAUCAAGGAUCCCAUGGAUGCCCUCAUUCAGGUGGAUGAUGCGAAGGAGGCUACCGUCCUGAUAGCCCAGACCACACUGAGACACAUAGUCGGAGCCAAGCCACUCCACACCCUUCUCACCUCGAGGGACACCCUGUCCAGGGAGAUCCAGGUUGCCGUCGAUGAGAUCACGGAACGAUGGGGAGUGCGUGUGGAGAGAGUGGAUGUGAUGGAUAUCAGCCUGCCUCUGGUUAUGCAGCGAUCCUUGGCCAGCGAGGCAGAGGCAGUCAGGGAGGCAAGGGCCAAGAUAAUUUCAGCCGAGGGAGAGCUAAAUGCCUCGCAGGCUCUCAAGGAGGCUUCCGAUGUCAUGUCUCAGAACAAGAUCACCCUGCAGCUGAGGCAUCUACAAAUUCUGACCUCGAUUGCAGCAGAACGUCGAUGCAGAAUCAUUUACCCCUUCCCCAUGGAGAUAAUGACUCCCUUCAUGGAUGGUGGUGGUGGGGGUGGCGGACGAAGCCGCGGGGGUACUGGAAACCCCGGCGGCAAGAGGCGGGAGAGUAUUCUGACCAAUUUCUUCUUCGGUAGCAAACCCGAAACUGAAUCGAAUGACAAGUCUUCUCCACUGGAUCCCAAGGCAGAUGUUGCUCCCAACCAGGCGGAGUUCGAACAGGACCCGAACCAUUCGAGCGACACACAGGGGGCCAAUGAGUCGGAGAUGCCUGGAGGCUCGGGGACAUCAGGAACAGAAAGUGAUUUAGCCGUUGGCGAACCUGGCGUUUAUGGAUAUCCUAAGCUAUCAGCAGUUCAUGCAAAAUCGUCGAUAAUCAGGACUUUGGCCUGGGCUGGCAGACAAUGUCCCGGCAGCAGGACAUUGACAAGGCCAAGCGUGAAAUGAACAACAGUCACGUCAGCUCCGGGGGCCACAGACUUGAUUGAAGGGCAUUAUACUUGUUCCUUGUUGUGCUCCCUGGUCCAUGGAGCCCGGUUUCCAACACAGACACUGAAGCGACAUUGACACUGGAAUUCGCUGGCCUCAAAGCAUUUUUUUUACGAUAAAAAAUAGCUGCGUAUUUGGUUCUUUAUAUUCUUGCUCGAAAGGCAAUUUAUCUCUUUUAAUAAAUUGGAAGAUUUCUGUC